CGCAGGUCCAAAUGUGCGUGUGUGUGUGUGCGUGCGGUGCUAACAGACAGUCUUAUGCAAGCCGCCCUACACAGAGCCACGAUGUCCGACGCUGCUGCUCCAGCAGACAACAAUGGGGAGCCUGGGUUAAACGGGUCAUGGGUAGAGCUGGAGAUGAACAGAAACGCUGCAUCUCUCUCUUCCUCCAGCGCCUCAGUGCCACCCCCUUUAGCCCAGGUAGUAGAGGAGGAUGAUGGGAUGGUGGGGGGGCUGGAACACGUUCCCUCAUCAACUUCCAUCCACAAUGGAGACAUGGAAAAAAUCCUGCUAGAUGCCCAGCACGAAUCCAGCCGCAGUAACUCCUCAUGCGACAGCCCUCCUCGACCUCACAGUCCUCAGGAUGAAGGCCAGAUCAUUUUCGACGUGGACAUGAGGAGGGACAGUCAGGAGGAAGUCAUGGAGAAGAUCAGAGAUGAUGACAUAUUAAUGAAGGAUUCAGACCGGGUCGCAGACUGGUCAAGUAGACCUGAGAAUAUUCCACCUAAGGAGUUUCAUUUCCGGCACCCGCGGCGUUCAGUGACUCUCAGCAUGAGGAAGACAGGAGCCAUGAAGAAAGGAGGGAUCUUCUCUUCUGAGUUCCUCAAAGUGUUUAUCCCCUCACUGCUUCUGUCCCACAUCCUGGUCCUGGGUCUCGGGGUCUAUAUCGGGAAAAGACUGACAACUUCCCCUGCAAGCUCCAUUUGAACACCGAUCUGAUCAAGUGCCUCAGGCAUGGCCCAGGUGGAUUAGGGAGAAGGUUGCAGUUUGUACGAAGAAGCCCCCCGCUGCUCCCUUCUGCUCCUUUAAGUCCUAUCAGCAACAUUUCUCCCUUUUUUAGUAAUUCCUUUAAUUAGCCUUUCCAUGUUGAGAAGCAUAAGUGAUAAACUUCUCCUCAUUUCAGGCCCUUUUCUUUCUCGUUUAUCAUUUUCUGUAUCCCUUUUCCAGUUGUGAAUGUUCUAACACCCCCUUAGCAGUACUAUUUUAUUUUGGAAGUAUUUGGAGCAUUGCAUGAAACCAAAUGCACACAUGCUAGCUCCACACUAGCUCGAUUCAGCUAGGAGGCAAAAAACAUCCCAUUUUGGUCCAAUCACAUGACCCAACAGGUGAUAAAGAAUCCCCCUAGUUUUCACCCUCAAAAUGGAAUCAACCAAAAUAUAUGACUUAUUGAAAUUAUACGAGCAUGCCUGAGCGCUAGCUAAGAUUUUAUUUAUUUCUACAAAUGCUACCAAUUUAGUUAUUUUAUUGACUUCAAGGGCGGAACGCCAGGAUGAUGGACUUGGGAAGGAUAGGGCUCUCUGUAGACCCCAAACUCAUCUGUUGAGGAUGGAAAAUUAAUAACUCAGACAUAAUAUAUGUUUAUGACUGUAUCACAUGCAAUUUUAUACCAAGUUUUGCAUAAUCUUUUACACGACCCUGACAGAGACAACAUCUGUUACUUUGAAUCAUCUGAAUUUUUAAAAAAUAUUUCAUCUCAUGAACAUAGAUAAAAACCAGUCUGAUGGGGCUGACGGAUCCCUAUAUGAAAAAAAGAUUUGUUGUGUCGUUUUGUUAGUUUCCUUCACAUACAUAUCAGGACCUAGUGAUUUCUUACUAGGCGUCUACAACAUAACCUACUUUGCAAUACUGCACAAUUUACCAUUAGCAUUCAGAGCUGAGAGGAUCUUGCUAACAAGGACAGCGGCUUCAGUGUUUUUCCAUACUAUCUGUGUCAGACUUUCUGGAAAUGUUGUAGUACAAUCUCAUACUUCUCAGUCUCGUACUUAUUUAUAGCAUUUCCAUGCUGUUAGCUUGAGGACAACAGUACAAGAGAAACCUUUCUUCAAUUUACAGGAAUAGCUCAUUGAAAAAAAUGACAUUCUGUCAUUA